AUGGAAGACAAGUUUGAUGAAGGUCCGCGCAACUACAACGAUGAGUCAAGUACCGUUGAGUUUGAUGAUCAAGACGAGAACGAAGAAAAAGAAGAAGGUAAAACUGACUUCGACAUGACUUCGAGCGACGAUGACGACGAAGACACCAGGUCUUCGAAGAGCAACAUCGAGAGACACACGCGCACUCAAUCGCUUGAGAAAGGUACCGUCAUUCCAAGUCCCAAGCGAAGAACGUACAGAGGUCCGUCGCUUGAGCAUGUGUCAGCUGCUGCGACGGAUUUUGAAGCAGUCUACAUCGUUGAUUCAGUGGGGGGAAUGCCGACUACAUUCAAGUCGGCGAUGGAAUCAAGCGACUCCGGCAAGUGGAAAGAAGCGUGUGACUCGGCGUUCGACUCGCUUCAGAGAAACGACACGUGGGAGAUCGUGCCUCUUCCGAAAGUUCGCAAUGCCAUCGGGUGCCGAUGGGUGUUUCGUGUCAAGGAGAAUUAA